CCAACACCGUUGAAAAUGUUAAAGCCUGCGCAGCCAACGUGGCUUCGCCGAUCUAGCAACUUCAAUGAAGCCAGCACGUGCCGAGCUUCGGCCCCAAGCGUUGUGGCGCGCACCAAUCCGUCGUUCAACGCCAAUGGCGCCGUGCCCUUGGCAGCGCUGGGGCCUCGCCCCAGCCAAGCAUGGCAGUCCAGCAGGAAUAAUAUGAUCGCGCCGGCCGUCUCGCACGAGGACGCUCCAACGUCGACCUGCGCACCCAGCACCUCCUCGACCGCAAACUGGGCACCCCUCAACGGGCGCACGGCUGUGGUGGUCGGCGCGGGCCCUGCGGGAUGCACGCUAGCCAUGUACCUAGCUCGUUCAGGCUGGAAGGUGCAGGUGUAUGAACGGCGGCCGGAGCCCGGCCCCGCCAACACCUCCCGGCAGCGCAGCUGGGUGCUGGCCAUGUACCCCCGAGGCAUCCGGCCAGUGAACGAGGUGGCCCAGGUGCCACUGCUUGCUGAGCGGGCGUACAAGGGCCUGGUGCUCAAGCCAGCCAAGCCAAACAGCAAGCCCAUCGUGCUGGAGCGCACUGGAGUGCUCAUGGACCGCACGCUGCUGGCCACCUCGCUGCUGGACGCCGCACGUGCGCAGUACAGCAGCCGUGUCAGCUUCACAUUUAACGCCGCCCUCAGCGAUGUCGACCUAACCGCAAAGGCCGCCACCUUCGCCUCCGCCGCCGCCACAGCAAACGUGGAGGCCGGUAAGGAGCUGGUGGCCGCAGUGGCCGGCAGUAGCAGCAACAGUGCCGGUUCAACGAUGGCUGUAGCAGGGGAGCAGCAGCAGCAGUACCGGGCCCAGUACGACCUGCUGGUGGGCGCAGACGGCAGUAGCAGCACGCUGAGGUCGCUGCUGACGGAGGCGCUGCCAGGGCAGUUCGAAACAGAGGUUCUGAGCCCCGGAACUGGCUGCUACAAGUCCGUGUACGGCUUGCCACCCGUCCCUGAGGUGGAGGCUUGGGCCCCCGACAGCAACACGCCGCGCGACCAGCGUGUGCAGGGCGAGUUCUUCUUCUUCCUGUCGGGCGGCACCAAGGGCAUGAUGUCCAUGUGCCGCGACAUUGACGGCAACUACUGCGGCUACCUGGCGGGCAAUGCGCAGCUCUUUGCGGAGCUCAAGACGCGCGAGGACUACCUGGCGGUGCUGCCUCAGGCCGGCCCGCAGCUGCCCGCCGCCUGGCUGCCGCUCAUUGCCGACCGCAUGAUGGAGGCGCCGCUCAGCACCUUCCCCACCAUGCGCUCCCUGUCCCGCUUCUGGGCCCCGGGCGGAGUGGUGCUCGUGGGCGACGCAGCUCACACCGUGACGCCGGCACUGGGCCAGGGUCUCAACUCAGCGCUGCAGGACUGCGAGCUGCUGGCGGCGGAGCUGGCGGCGGCGCCGUCGCUGGAUGCUGGCGGCAUUGACGCCGCCAUUCGCCGGUUCAGUGAGUCGCGGGCGCCCGAGGUGCGCGCGCUGCAGGAACUGGAGCUGCUGCAGGGUUCCUCGUUGUCACCGCUGGGCCGGACCUCGGACCCGGCCAAGAUGCUGGCGCUGCUUGUGCGCAAGUGGAUUGUGAUCCAUUACUCGGGCCUGGCGCUGUUGGGGACCGUCGUGGCCACCGCACAGGCGGCCAACGCGGCGAAGAGGCGGCGCGAGGGCAAGGAGACGCCGGCCGUGAGCCGCACCGACCGGCUCGCGGAGCAGGUGGAGGGCUCAUACGUCAGGGACCCGCCCAUGUACGAGCUGCUGAAGGCGCACAUGAACUACAGCGACAUGCUGAGGCGCGUGUGGGGCAUGGCGGCGCUGGGCAGCGCCGGCACCUUCGCCAUCCUGUACGGCCUAGUGAGCGGCGCGGCGUUGCUGGCGUCGCGGGUGCUGGGCGCUUGAUGAGUGAGCAAGUACGGCAGUGCAGCAUGGAUAGGG